AUGCCAAACCAUGGUUUAGCAUUACAUAUAAAUCCAGCCCGCCUGCUUAAGUCUGGCUUGAUAACUACAGCUAAAGGCCAUUUGUUAACCAUGGUUCAUAGUUUGCAAACCUUAGUUGUCACUAACCAAAGCUUAGCAUUACUUCUAAGCCCAGGCCUCCUCCCUGAACUAUGGUUAAGAAGCCAUCGACAUCCACAAGCCAGACCUGGGAGUGAAGAGCAACAAAAAAUUCAAACUGCUCUCAAGGAAUGGCUGAUCUCACUGUUGUUUUUAACUGUACUGUGCUGUAGUAAACCAAGUUUUGAGUGA